AUGAGUAACAAGGAGAAGCCACAUGUGGUAAUCCCAACUCUAGUUCCUGAGCUAGAACUCGAAAAGGAAGUUUCAGUACUUGGUAAAGAAUUAAAUCUAGGUGUUGAGCCAUAUGAAGCAAAUGAUCUAGAUGGUUGUAAAACCCUUUUCCAUGAUCUUGAACUAAAUGAUCCAGAGGUAGUUCAUCUACCGAUAUUAAAAGAGUUAGAAUCUGAAGGUGGUCCUGAACCUAAAACACAAUUAUUUAGAAAAGCAGUUAAAAGAAGAGCUAUAGCCGUACAUCGUGCAAAAGUUCUCAAAUUCCAUCCAGAUAAUAGUAGUGAUAUACGAAAAAUGUUAAAGAGUAAAAGAAAGCAGCAGUUUAGAGAAAUACUUGAAAAGGAAUUUGAUAAGCGUGAACAAUUUAAGUUCGCUCUAUGUUCUCUUACUAAAUUUCUUAUAGAUGAUAAACCUGGAAAUGAAAAACAGGGAAAAAAGAAUUUACGAACUGACUGGCUUAAAAAUAAGCAAAUUAUAGUUUAUAAUAGAAAUGAAAUAGAUGAUUACUUAAGCAAUGCUUUCGAACAAAUUCUUUACCAAGUGGAAGAGAAAGGAGGUAAAUCUAAUACUUAA